CUCCCUUUCCUUUUCCUCAACCUUUUUUUUUAUCUUUCUCUUUCUUUUUUAGCCUUUUACUAUUAAACUAUUAUAAAUAUGGGCAAAGGUGGAUUCGGUGAACGUGGUGGUCGUGGAGGCGGUCGUGGAGGAUUCCGUGGUGGUCGUGGUGGUGGCCGUGGUGGAUUUAGCGGUGGAUAUCAACAAGGUCCUCCUGAUGAAGUUGUUCCUAUGGGUUCUUUCCAACAUGCUUGUGAAGGUGAAAUGGUAUGCAAGUCUAUUAACCCUAAGGUUCCUUACUUCAAUGCUCCCAUCUAUCUUGAAAAUAAAUCUCAAAUCGGCAAAGUUGAUGAAAUCCUUGGUCCUUUGAAUGAAGUCUACUUUACUGUCAAGAUGCAAGAAGGCAUGGUCGCUACUUCUUUCAAACCUAACGAUAAGGUCUACAUUGGUGGUGAUAAACUUCUUCCUUUGGAACGUUUCCUACCUAAACCCAAGGUUGCUGGCAAAGCUUCCAAACCUACUGGUCUUCAAGGCAAGGUUGAAAAGCGUGGCGGCGGUGGUCGCGGUGGAUUCCGCGGUGGUCGCGGUGGACGAGGAGGUGAAGUCGAGGUGGUGGUGACCGAGGCGGUCGUGGAGGCGGUCGAGGCGGUUUUGGCGGUGGCCGAGGCGGUAGCCGUGGUGGUCGCGGAGGUGGUCGCGGUGGCGGUGGCUUCCGUGGUGGCCGUGGUGGUUACUAAGUAUCAAGAAAUCGUAAACGACCUUCCUCUUUAUUUUCCCUUCACAUCUUCAUGUAUCUUCUCGUUAUUCCAUUUUUUUCGUCUCUAUCUAUUUGAUUUACUCAUUCUACACACACACAAAUAAUCAUCACUUUAACACUCCCUUCCUUAUUUGAUUUACAAAAUCAUCUACAUUUAUACAUUUUGAAGCAUUUAUUAUUGACCAUGUAAAUAGAGUUGUUUACCGCUAACAAAAAUAAACUAUUGUUUACACAACUUGAG